AUGGCAUCGGAUCCGUCGGCGCGCGUUCUGGUGUUCACCCAGUGGUCUGACCUGCUGGACAUCCUGGCCCACGCGCUGCGGCGCAACGGCGUCGCCGCGGCGCAGGCGCGGGGGCGCCAGGGAUUUGUGAGGGCGGUGGAGGAGUUCAAGGCGGCGGCCGCGGCCGACGAGGAGGCGCGUCGGGCGUCCGGGAACGCCCCCAGGGACGAGGCGGGCACCGCGCAUGAGGCAGCACAGGAGCAGCGGCAGGCAGAGGGCCCUCGCGGCGACGGAGAAGGCGUGCCGCCCGCGCCCGCGCCGCCUGCGUCUGCGUCGGCGCGCGUGCUGCUGCUGCUCGUGAGCCAGGGCGGCUUGGGCCUCAACCUGACCGAGGCGCAGCACGUGGUGUUUGCUGAGCCGCUGCUGGACCCCGCGCUGGAGGUGCAGGCCAUAGGGCGCGUGCACCGGCUGGGCCAGCGGCGGGCGGCACACGUGCACCGAUUCCUGGUCGAGCACACCAUAGAGGAGAACGUGGGCGCCCUGGCGGCGCAGCGCGCCGCAGCCAUGGACAUGGCGGCCGCGGCUCCCUCCAGGGGCGGCGCCUCGGCAGCGGAGGCGGCACUGACUGUGCAUAACGUGGCCGCUCUUCUCAGCACAAAUUGGGGAGGAGGUGGCGGCCGCGGCUGA